AGAACUCCUCAAAACACGUGCUACAUUAUCAUAGCUCUUUGGGUGUUCUCCUUCCUCGUAUUUUCAUGGGUACUAAUGGUUGUGCGGGAAGUGAAGGCGUUUCGUCCCAUUUGUGUGGAGGAAAUGGAAGAUGACGAACGAAAAGCUUACUCAGCCUGCAUGUUUAUCUUCUUUUAUCUGAUUCCACAGACAUUGGUUGGGUUUUGUUACAUUCAGAUUGCUCAAAAACUACGCGCGCACUUGAGGCGUGGUGCCAGACUAAACCAGGCGGCACUUGUCACACUGAAAAUAAGAGGAAAGAUAGUGAAGAUGACAUUUGUCGUAACUCUGGCAUUUGCAGUUUGUUGGCUACCCCUUCACGUAGCAGCAAUAAUGAAUUCACUAAACGUUCCAGCGACGACUUUUUCGUAUCAUUUGCAAUUAUUUGCGCCGUGCUUUGCUUAUAUCACAGUGUCUCUUAAUCCUGCAAUUUAUUGUUUUAUGAGUAAAACUUUCAGAAAAUUUUUGAGAGCUGCAUUUACCUGUAGAACAAUCUCGUUAAGUUCUGCCAUGCUAGGGGAAGAUGCUGAAUUGAUUCCAAAUAAUCAGGAUAUGAGCAACAGCAGUAAGCAUUGGGAACUUAGAAGCAUAACUAACAACCAUGACAAGUCAUCACAUGCAAAUGGAUCUAUCGAUUGCACUAUGAACACCCAGACGGAAACUUCCUCAGUGCCCGAAAAUUUGGAUUGUGCGAUAAAUAACUUGCUUGAAAGUUCUUCCUCACCGGACAACCUUGUCGAUAAAGAAUGCCAAACAGAAAAGACUUGUAUAUCCCAAACAACGAAUAUAUGAUUCUAGAUUUAUAAAAUGUAUUAACAAUAUUAUUGCUUUUCUAAAGAGCUUCAUUAAGCUCAACAAAUCACCAAACAUAAGAGGAAUUAUGGUUUUUCAAUUCAGUAGGUUAUUCCUUAAGAUUCUUUAUUGUUGAUGAUGAUUGUUGAAUUGACGCAUUGAUGCAUUAUUUUACAUUUCCCUUAAUGUUACUGUUAAUGAUAUUAUUAUUAUAAAUUUUAAUUUUCAGAUUAUG